CCACACACAUGUACUGAGUGCGGCAAAUGUUUUACACGAAUAGAUAAUCUGAAAACUCAUAAAAAGAUUCACACAGGAGAAAAGUCUUUCACGUGUAUAGAGUGUGGAAAAAGUUUUACAAAAAAGAGUAAUCUGAAAAGUCAUGAAAGGAUUCACACAGGAGAAAAGUCUUUCACAUGUACAGAGUGUGGAAAAAGUUUUACACAAAACAGUGAUCUGAAAAAGCAUGAAAGGAUUCACACAGGAGAAAAGUCUUUCACAUGUACAGAGUGUGGAAAAAGUUUUACACAAAACAGUGAUCUGAAAAAGCAUGAAAGGAUUCACACAGGGGAAAAGCCUUUCACAUGUACAGAGUGUGGAAAAGGUUUUACAGAAAAGGGUAGUCUGAAAAAGCAUGAAAGGAUUCACACAGGAGAAAAUCCUUUUACAUGUACAGAGUGUGGAAAAGGUUUUACAGAAAAGGGUAGUCUGAAAAAGCAUGAAAGGAUUCACACAGGAGAAAAGCCUUUCACAUGUACAGAGUGUGGAAAAAGUUUUACACAAAUGAGUCAUCUGAAAUCUCAUGAAAGGAGUCACACAGGAGAAAAGCCUUUCACAUGUACUGAGUGUGGCAAAUGUUUUACACAAAUGAGUCAUCUGAAAUCUCAUGAAAGGAGUCACACAGGAGAAAAG